UGUCCCUUCAGACUCUGAGGCAAUGGUGAUGACCCACAGCUUCCCAGGGAUGCUCUUGGCCUGCCUGCUGCUCACAGGCCUGGCACAUGGUGAGGCUGGCCCUGCUGCUGCUGCUGCCUCUGUUCGCCGGUCCUGUCCUGAAGGCUCCAAAGCAUUUGGCUCCUACUGCUAUGGCUUGUUCAGCAUAGCACAGACAUGGGACAAUGCAGAGAUGGACUGCCAAAGCCAGAACUCAGGCCAUCUGGUCUCCCUGAUGAAUGAGGCUGAAGCUUCCUUUGUGGCCUCCCUGGUAACUGAGAAUGGGGUCAGCAAGAACCCAGUCUGGAUUGGCCUCUAUGACCCUAACAAGAACCGGCGUUGGAAAUGGACCAGCAAUGCCCUAUUCACCUACCAAGCUUGGGCUGCGAGUGCCCCCAGCAACAGCAAUCCUGGAUAUUGUGUGACCUUGACAUCAGAAACAGGAUUCAAAAACUGGAAAGAUCAAUCAUGUACAAGCAAAAACUACUACAUCUGCAAGUUCAAAUCCUAGAGAUUACAAGCCAGAGAAAGGACUUGGGAGUCUGCUUCUUUGGAUCAAGCCUUGACCUAUGAGGGGCCUGGCUACAGGUUCUCUAUCCUCUCAGAAACCUCUUCUCCCUACCCU